AUGGUCGGGCUACCGAUGGCCAGCGUGCCGGCAGAGAUUGAGGCAAACUGUGCCAUUUGCGGCGCGCCACCUUUUCCAGAAUGCCCGCACGAAGGACAGAGACUGGAGCUCGCCCUCAGUCAAGCGAUGGAGAGAUGGGCGGGAGUACAGCGCAUACGGUAUGCCAGUCUGCGUUUCCCGACCGAGACGAUAUCUUGCUAAUGAUCUGUCGUUGAAGAGACUGGGUCCUGAAUCACGCCCGCAACCAGAUCAUAACCACCUUCCAUACCCUCCGUGGCAUGCGUCUCGAGGCACACCGCAAUUACCUCCAGACGUUACCUUACUACACCCUCUACCAUCGCUAUAACGGCCAGCCACCGCUCCAACCCGCACAAUUACAACUCAUCCACUCGCAGAUUCAACAGGCGAAUACGAUCUUACAGCAGGGUGUUGAUCAGGACUGGAGAACCUCAUGUCUUCGUUACCCCGAAGUGUUGGACUACUACUUCAAUCUGGUGGAAGUUGGAUUUCCGAGUGACAGGACAACGGCGAUUCAAGACCCGAGGUUUGGUGUACGAAAGGAGACGACAGCAGGUCCAAGGAGGGUGAAAGAGCGGAGCGAGAGCAUAGAUAUGGCUCCGGCUGCGAAGGAGAGGAAAAAGGAACAGAGAAAGAGCAGGGGGAGGGAAACACCACCGCCGGCUCCUGAGCCACACUACCGAAGGUGA